UCCCUUUUAAAAUAAACUUACAAGUGAGCAUUUCUAACCUUUUCCCAAAUUUUACCAAUUCAAAUCUCCUCACACUCCUCUUCAUAACUGUUCACUAACCAAACAACCCACAGCCUUACCACCCCGCUCGAACAUACAAUCGACGAUACCUUCUUACUCACCACAGCUUUCAUACACAAAAUCACCCAAGAUGUCCGAUACCAAGAAACGCAGCUACGUCUUCUUCGACGUGACCAUCGGCAACAAGCCGGCAGGCCGCAUCACGUUCGAGCUGUACGAUGACAUCGUGCCCAAGACCGCGGAGAACUUCCGUGCUCUGUGCACGGGCGAGAAGGGCGUUGGAAAAGGCGGCAAGCCCCUCCAUUAUAAGGGCAGCGGAUUCCACCGUGUUAUCAAGCAGUUCAUGAUCCAGGGUGGUGACUUCACGGCCGGUGACGGAACAGGUGGUGAGAGUAUCUACGGAGAGAAGUUCGAAGACGAGAACUUCGAGCUCAAGCACGAGCGUCCGUUCUUGCUUAGCAUGGCGAAUGCUGGCCCUGGCACCAACGGCUCGCAGUUCUUUGUCACCACAGUCGCCACGCCCCACCUCGACGGGAAGCACGUAGUGUUCGGCGAGGUCAAGUCAGGCAAGUCCAUCGUCCGUCAGGUCGAGAACCUACCGACAGUGUCAGACAAACCCAACAAAGCAGUCAUAAUCGCCGACUGCGGGGAGCUCUCAGCGAGCGCCGCCCAGGUCACCGACGUUAAGGCCGCGGACGCCUACGGCGAUCAAUACGAGGACUUCCCCGAAGAUGAGGACCAGCAGCCGCUUACUGUAGCCCACGUGCUUAAGGUGGCGGGUGACUGCAAGGACUUCGGCAACAAGGCGUUUAAGGCAGGCGACGUCCUCGGCGGCCUCGAGAAAUACCAGAAGGGCCUGCGGUACCUCAACGAGGACCCGGAUAUCCCGGAGGGCGAGGAGGGCGUCGAGAUCAAGAAGAAGCUGGACAACCUCCGGUUCUCGCUGAACUGCAACUCGGCGCUGUUGAACAUCAAGACCCAGGCAUUCGAUGAGGCUCAACGGUCCGCUGGACAGGCUCUUCUUGUUAAGGGGAUCAGCGACGCGGAGCGGGCGAAGGCUUUCUACCGUCGUGGGUUCUCGCUUGCGAGAUUGCGCGAUGAGGAUGCGGCGCUGAUGGACAUCCUUGAGGCGAAGAAGCUGGCGCCUGGUGAUGCGGCGAUUGAGAAGGAGCAUACGCGGGUGCUGAAGUUGAUCCAGGCGAGGAAUCAGAGGGAGAAGCUUGCUUAUAAGAAGUUUUGGCGUGAGGGGGCGUGAGGGUAGGAAAAGAGGAAGGGUAAGGAGGAGGUGGGAAAGGGAUGAUUGCAUGAAAAUGGCAUUAUGAGGAGUGCGUUCCGGUCAUUGGUUUCUGUCUAAUAUUAAAAUAAAAUCAAAAUGGGCGCGGGUAUCCGGACACGGGAUUGCAGAGUUAGUUGGCCGUUUGUCGGACAACUUCCUCUGGUGUCGCUCGUGGAUGAUGGGUUUCUCGGCUUGCUGCUUACCUAUCUUCUAAGCUUAUCCUUAGUAGUGUAGAUAUGCUUCACGGGAUGGGGAUAGGGAUAGGUGAUAGGGGCGAUUACAACGAAAAUGAGGUAUUACAACGGGUUAGUUAUCCGUUUUGCAUUAGUAUUUAGAUUUGCUUUAAUACAGAGGCGUAUGCUUGA